GUCGGGGCGGAGCUAAAAUAAGAGAACUUGAGGAUUCUUCAGGUUCCAGGAUAAAGGUUAUAAAGGGAACCUAUGAAGCUGAAGUAAAGAUUUUUGGCAGUGUUGCUGUGCAAAACAAAGCCAAGAUGUUGAUUGACGAUGCUGUGACAAGAGCUGGAGAAAACUACAUUAGAGGAAGAACUCUGGAUGUUAUCAAGCCUGAAAAUAACCCAAAGAAAUCGGUGAUUAACUGGGCCUCUCUUCGAGAAAACAAAGCUAAAUAUGAGGCUAUGAAGUGGGCAGACUUGCCUCCAAUUGAGAAAAACUUCUAUAAAGAGUCAUCAAGGACUGCAUCUAUGUCACAAGAAGAAGUGGAACUGUGGCGGAAAGAAAAUAAUAAUAUCAUUUGUGAUGACUUAAAGGAAGGUGAAAAGCGCUGCAUUCCCAAUCCUGUUUGUAAUUUUGAAGAUGUAUUUGAGCAUUAUCCUGAUAUUAUGGCUAAUAUAAGACAAGUUGGUUUUCAAAAACCUACACCAAUUCAGUCCCAGGCAUGGCCGAUCAUACUCCAAGGAAUUGAUCUUAUUGGUAUAGCACAGACUGGUACUGGGAAGACAUUAGCAUACUUAAUGCCUGGAUUCAUUCACUUGACUUCACAACCAAUAUCCAAAGAUCAGCGUGGGGGGCCAGGAAUGUUAGUCCUUGCUCCCACUCGAGAACUGGCACUUCAAGUGGAGGCAGAGUGUUUGAAGUAUGCAUACAAAGGAAUUAAAAGUAUUUGCAUAUAUGGUGGUGGGGACCGAAAAGGACAGAUAGACGUGGUUACCAAAGGUGUGGAUAUUGUUAUUGCUACUCCUGGCAGACUGAAUGAUCUUCAAAUGAACAACUUCAUAAAGUUGAAGAGCAUAACAUACUUGGUUUUAGAUGAGGCUGACAGAAUGUUGGAUAUGGGAUUUGAACCUCAGAUAAUGAAGAUCCUAAUAGAUGUGCGGCCCGACAGACAAACUGUUAUGACAAGUGCUACUUGGCCUGAUGGUGUUCGUCGCCUAGCGAAAUCCUAUUUGAAAAAUCCUAUGAUUGUAUAUGUUGGCACUCUUGACUUAGCAGCAGUAAAUACGGUAGAACAGAGAGUUAUUGUUAUCGCCGAGGAGGAAAAGAGAGCUUUCAUGCAAUACUUCGUUGACUCUAUGAAGCCAAAAGAUAAGGUCAUCAUUUUUGUGGGAAAAAAACUUACAGCUGAUGACUUAGCAAGUGACUUUGGUCUCCAAGGAAUUCCAGUACAGUCACUUCAUGGUAACAGGGAACAGUGUGAUCGAGAACAGGCUUUAGAUGACUUCAAGAAAGGCAAAGUCAGAAUACUGGUAGCUACUGACUUAGCAUCCCGUGGCCUUGAUGUGCAUGAUAUUACUCAUGUUUUUAACUUUGACUUCCCUCGCAACAUUGAAGAAUAUGUUCAUAGAAUAGGUCGUACUGGAAGAGCAGGACGUACUGGGGAGGCAGUAACGCUUGUCACUAAGAAUGAUUGGAGGGUUGCUUCUGAGCUGAUUGAAAUUCUGGAAAGAGCAAACCAAGUAGUUCCUAAUGAGCUUAUUGCAAUGGCAGAAAGAUACAAACAAUUUCAAAUCAGAAAAGAAAUUGAAAAGGAUAUACGAAGACCUCAGCGAAAGCCCUCAAAAUAA